GCUGCCGGCUCGGCGCCCGACGGGCCUCCGCCGCUGCGGGUCCUCGGCCGGCGGGGCGCGGCGGCGGCCAUGGAGUACACGCCGCCCCCCAAGCCGCAGCUCUCGUCGCGGGCCAACGCCUUCUCCAUCGCCGCGCUCAUGUCCAGCGGGAGCUCCAAGGACAAGGAGUCCCCGGAGAGCACCAUCAAGCCGCUGGAACAAUUCGUGGAGAAAUCCUCCUGCACCCAGCCUCUGACCGACCUGUCCGGCCUGGACCCUCACGGGGAUUUUAGCGCCAGCCCUUCGUCCCUCUGCACCGAGCCCCUCAUCCCCACCACCCCCAUCAUCCCCAGCGAGGAGAUGGCCAAAAUCUCCUGCAGCCUGGAGACCAAGGAGCUCUGGGACAAGUUCCACGAAUUGGGCACCGAGAUGAUCAUCACCAAGUCGGGGAGGAGAAUGUUUCCUACGAUCAGGGUUUCCUUUUCGGGAGUGGAUCCUGAAGCCAAGUACAUUGUGUUAAUGGAUAUAGUUCCUGUGGACAAUAAAAGAUACAGAUAUGCCUACCACAGGUCUUCCUGGCUAGUAGCUGGAAAAGCUGACCCUCCACUCCCUGCAAGGUUGUACGUGCACCCUGACUCACCAUUUACAGGAGAGCAAUUGCUAAAGCAGAUGGUAUCAUUCGAAAAAGUGAAGCUCACGAACAACGAGCUGGAUCAGCAUGGCCAUAUCAUUUUAAACUCCAUGCACAAGUACCAGCCAAGGGUCCACAUUAUUAAGAAGAAGGAUCACACAGCGUCUUUGCUAAAUCUGAAAUCUGAAGAGUUCAGGACAUUUAUCUUUCCAGAAACAGUUUUUACAGCUGUUACCGCCUAUCAGAAUCAGUUGAUAACCAAGUUGAAAAUUGACAGCAACCCUUUUGCUAAAGGAUUCCGGGACUCUUCCAGACUUACUGAUAUCGAGAGAGAAAGUGUGGAGAGCCUUAUCCAGAAGCAUUCCUAUGCCCGAUCCCCCAUUCGAACCUAUGGAGGAGAAGAUGAUCUAGGAGAUGAGAGUCAGGCAACACAAAGCAGAGGAUCAGCUUUUACAACAUCCGAUAACCUAUCCCUCAGUUCCUGGGUCUCCUCCUCAACCAGUUUUCCUGGAUUUCAGCAUCCACAGUCUUUGAGUGCCCUGGGUACCAGCACUGCAUCCAUAGCUACACCAAUUCCUCACCCAAUCCAAGGAUCUCUGCCUCCAUACAGCCGCUUGGGAAUGCCUCUUACACCUUCAGCUAUUGCCAGCUCAAUGCAAGGUAGUGGCCCCACUUUCCCUUCCUUCCACAUGCCGAGGUACCACCAUUAUUUUCAGCAGGGUCCUUACGCAGCUAUCCAGGGACUGCGUCACUCCUCCGCAGUGAUGACGCCAUUUGUAUGACUGAUGUAAGACAAGAGAAACAUGAGAUUUGAAAUGCGCAAGUUCGGUAUGAAAAAUAUAAGGGACCUUCCUGAAAAGCCUUUGGCAAGAAAGCGCCGAACUCAUAACAAACCAGCUAAUAAAAUGCAUUAUGGAUAUAGAUUCCUCCAUUGAGGGAUCUCGAGAAGAGGGCAUGCAUCGUGGAGCCACUCACAGAUCUAUGUGUAACCCAACUGAAAUGGAUCUCAGAGUUCCCAGGAUUUUUAAUGGCAUGCAGGUUGUUCCAAAGAUGCAUUAUGCCUUACGGAAAGAGAUUGUGUUUAUGCAGCAGUGUACAAAUUAAUUGUGUAUAGGUCUUUUUUUCAUGUGCUAAAAGAAUUCUGAAAAAGGCAAUACUCUUAUUCAUCUUCAUCUCUUCUUGUGACUAAUGAGUGUCAAUACAGAAAAUGUAUUGCUGUAGCUUUGAGCAUGUUUUAGGCUAUCUCAGCAUACAUUUGCUGGGAAGGGGACAAGGUGGAGAAAGCCACUGUCCUUUUUAGAAGACUGGCUUAUAUUCACCAAGAGCAGUAUUUCAUAGUUACUACUAUAAUCCCAAAGAGGAAGUUAUUAAAAAGGCUUUCUUUCUUUCUUUCUUUCUUUCUUUCUUUCUUUCUUUCCUUCACAAAGCUUUAUCUGUUUGAAAAAGAACUGUGUACAGGACUGUAGCAGUAAUGAUGUAUUCUCUUCUUCAGUCUAAAAAUAAGCCUGUCGCAUACCCUAAGAGGAGCAAUUAAACAGUCUGUUAGGUAUGAUGAAGGAAGGUGCUGAUUUUGGAAAAUCUGUUACUUAAACUUAGGAAUCCCAAAGUUAUCAAAUCCUUAAAUCAAAGCUUUCAUUUGUUGCUGCACUUGCCACUGAAGACCUGUGUCCAGCUGCAAAUACCAAGGUAACAGAAUGUCAGGCUAUUGUUUUACUCUGUAGAUAUAAUCAAUGGAGUGGUGUAAGAUGAAUGAUACUGGAGUAUUGUGUACUUCUGAUUUUCUUGAGAUGGUCACACCUGUUGUUAGGCAAGCUGCUUGGCCAGGCAAAUGAAGGUUGUCUUCUCUGCUUUUUCAUGUCCCAGUGGAAUGGUGGAGGUUUUGUGUAAAAAUAUCAGUGCAGAACUUUGCUCUUAUUUUUUUUUUAUUUAUAUCUACAUUUUGAGUCAGUAAUCAGGAAUUCAUUUCAUUCAAAGAACAGUCCACACUUUUGAGUAUGUUUUGUCCGAUGCAACAGAGGAACCAUGCUUAGCAUCAUCAGAAAAAAUGACCUCUCUGCAGAGAGCUAGCAUGAAUCCUUUGCACUUUUGAAAAGAGUACCAGUGAGAUGCCGGUUUUCUGCCUGGCAGGAGCUGGGAUUUCACUGUAAAUAAGAAGUCAACAGAGACAGAGUUGCUGUGUAUAGUUUCAUCCAAGUUAUAGAAGAGGCUUAAUGACCUCAAUUCUCACACUCUACUAAUAUUAAAAAAACAAGCAAUACGAUCUCAUACAAUAAAGAUCUGUGUAGAGAUAGAACAGAAUGGAAAACAGACUUUGGCACUAUUCUCCUCUACUUUUUACCAAUGUGUGUCAGUAUCAUAUGGUAGCAGGGAGAAUGCAAGACACUGAGUCGCCUACCUCGCAUCUCAGUACAGUGAAAGACGAGCCACACAUCUUUUUUUCAGCUCGUUUCCUUAUCUUACCCAAUCAUACAUAGCUAUGACACCCUCCCAGACUUUUCCCAGUUCUUACUGUGAUCCAGUACAUGCAUCCCAAUGAUAAGGGCCAUCUUUGUGUAUUUCAUAGUAGUUGAAUUUAAAAUCUUGUGAAACUGGCCAUUUUGAGCAUCUCAGCUAUCUGCAGUAUUAGCCUAAUUUCCAUUUACUCAUUGUUGGACAAAAAAAAAAAAAAAAGAAAAAAAAAGAAAAGAAAAGAAAAGAAACUUAAGGCAGUUUGCAAUGACAAGCAGGUGAACAAUGACAAGCAAUAAAACCCUUCAUAGUUUCUGGAUCCUGAGUUACUGCAAGGAGUUCCAUAUAAUGAGCCAGUUCAUAUAAGGAGCCAAGCUCUGCAGUACUUAAAUGGCUUAGAAUUAAAUGCUGAAUUUGGCUUGAUGUAUCUAAACAUUACAUUUUGCUCUAGGCAAUCACAUCUGAAAAAUGCAUGUUGCAAAGGGCACUCCUUGUGCCUACUCAUGACCUGUUUUGAUAUAAAGAAUCCUAGUUUUCAGGAAAUCAGAUGAUACUGGCCCCACAAGAAAAUAACUCUUUAAAUACCUAGAUGAUUCCACAUAAAUAAGAAUUUCAGGGAUGAUCAGGAAGGAAAUUUUAAUCCCUGUCCUUCAGUUGCUUGACUUCUGAGAGGUAAGUAUAGCUGUAUUUGUCUUUCUUAGGUAAGAUCUCAUGAUGACUUUCACUAAAGUCUGUGGGGAAAUGCUAUUUUGUUCAUCACAUCUGUUUCCUUCUGCAGAUCUAUUAAAUUAUCUGGGGUUGCAAGAGAUGCAGUUAGGUUCAGAAUUCAAGCCAGUGACUUUAAUAUUGAUACUUAUAUCAAAAAAAAGGUCAAGUAAGCAAGCAGCUUUCAGACAACUCCAGAAAUCUUUGGAAUAGGUACGCCAUCUUAGAUAAGCUUUAGAAAUUAUAUAAAACCUGCUCACAUAGCGACCUACUCUCCCUUCAUGAAGCAUGUUGAAAAAAAAUAACUAUACCACUUUAGCUCUUUUCUAGACCUUGACCUGUAAAUAUCAGUAUUUGGCACAAAUUCAUCCAAUACCAUUUUGGAGAAAAUUCUGGCUUUUCCUGAAACAAUGAAGCUAGCAUUUGAUACUAUCAUUUACAAAGAUAUUAAAUGAAAGACAAGUGCUUUUCACUAGGAAUGAAAUAUGAUGCAUAGCUGAAAAAUAUGGCUGUAGACUCUCCCUGUAUAAAAGCAUGAGAGGCCAACUUAUCCAAAUUCUCUGUAAUGAGAUUCAUAUUAUAGUCCACCAAGGGCUAUAAAUCCACAGACUGAUUUUGCCAAUGAGAUCAAGUCUCUGUUGGGGUGCUUAUUGCUCCCUGUGCUGUUCUCUGACCUACACUACUCCCCCAUGGUGUCCCUUGUAUCAGAAACCCACUGGCUUCCCCACUGCUGCAGAAUCACAGGCAGGUUCCAAGCAGAACCAUCAUCAGGGGAACGAGGGCAGCUUCUGAGAGCCUUCCCCAGGAAUAAGGUUAAUAGGUAUGUCCAGUUUGCUGCUCCUCUUCUUUGUCCUCACAAUUCAGUCUCCAAAACCAGUUAACAGAGUUUACCUGGAAGGAUUUAAAUGCACAGAUACCACAGAGCACGUGCCAGGAAAGUUGUGCCGCCUUGGGGAAUUUCUGCUCCCUGUCCCUCUCAGCUUCCUAUGGGCAGUGGGCAGCAUGUGAGUGAUUCGAGGGAUAAAAUUCCUGCCCUGCUGAAGUCAGUGGUAAUUUUCUUAUCUGUAAUGGAUACAGGAUUUAAUCCAACUUUCUUAUCUAGAAAUGAAGCCCAGCUGUAUGGAUUGUGCUUGUGGAGAUACCAGCCAUGUUCUACAGGAAAGAUUACAAACCAAUGCUACACCUUUAGCAUUGAUUUCACAAUUGGAAGAAAAGGAAUGUAAAUUUGUUAUUAAUCACUUAAAGAAUGAAAUUAAUUUGCCUAAAACAAUCUGUACUAUUUUGACAAUAACUCAGUAAUUUAUUUAAGGAGUUGCUCUAAUGCUGUCAUAAUUAUAUCACUUUCAGUACAGAACAUCUGUUGCUGGUGGACAGUCUAGGAAUGCCAAAAAUAAUCUAGAGUUUAUUUUCCAAUAUAAUUCACAUUUUAUAUCCCAUGUGAAGUGCUCUUCACCUUUAUGAGCUUUCUUGGCUCAGCAAACUGGUGCUGUUUUGUGUUGUUUUUUUAAGAAGGGUGGAGAGAACAUGCCUGAAUAUGCUUUUCAAAGAGAAUGAUAAGAUUAUCCUCCAAAGUGUUAUGAAUGCAUUUGGGUGUUUUUUGGAUUACCCUUUUAUCCAUAGAUAGUCAAGAGCCUCAGGUCUUUUAUCCAACAAAAGCAUCCCAAAGACUAACAGAACUGACUUAGAUGCAUUUGUCUAUUUUUUUUCCCUAUAUUUGGAGCCCUGAGAGAAGCUAGAUAUUUAAAACAUUUUAAAUUUGGCUGUUUGAUUUGCAGUAUUACUUUAUAUGGCUUGAGGGUCUGUCGAAGAUACAAAUUCAGUUCCACUGGUUUCAGUUGUACUCUUCUAGGUAUAAACUGACAAACAAGCAUACACCAAGUGCAUAAUAAUGCAGAAUUAAGGAGUGCUUUUUUAAUGAGAAUGCUUCUUUAUGAGUUCACGGAUAAUUGUGUAAUAACAGCACAGUCUACAAAAUGUAAUAGGAAAUCUUCCCCCAGAAGGCUUUAAGCAUGGUGGCUGUGACACUGCGUAAGAAGAUGUUGCAGCUUCCAACAUCCAGCAAACACUAACUAGCAUUUGAAAAUUAUCCUCUUUUAAACUGAAAAUGUUUGGGUUGGGUUAUGCACUGUAUCUUCUUUAUGUUUGUGUGUCUAUUACAUGGAAAGAGAAAUACCAAUGAAAAUCAUUGUGGAAACUUUCCAAAACUGGUAGUUAAUGUAAAUUGUGCUAAUUUACCUAUAAGCAGAAAAACAACAGCGAGAUCAAUGUAGCAUGCACAGCUCAUUAGCUGGGAGGCAGUUUUGGCCACAGUCCUUAUGCUGAUCAUCUGCAGAGGAAUAACAUUCACUCAUUCUAAGAUUUUUUUUUAUUUUUGGUGAGUUCUUACUAUCACUAUUCCUACCUGAGGUGGGUUUUUUUCCAAUAACCACAUACUUGCUGGCCAGAGGAUUUAGAUAUACUCUGUGACAAACUGUUCUUGAAUAUAGCCUCCAAUUUAUAAAAUGACAAUUUCUUUUCCUUUAUUUUGCCGUUUAAAAGAAAACCAAGCAGUGAUUUAAGUAAACUCUCAAGUAACUUUCUAUGAUAGUUUAAGGACAGAAAAUACAGUUUGCUGUAUUUUACCUUUAGCACAUUUAAACAAUCUUUUCUUUUUUUAUUGUACCUUCAGAAACAGGAGGAAAGAUUUUGUUUAAAAAUAAGGAAGGUAAAAACUGGAUGUAACCUCUUUAACAGAAUGUACCACAGUUCUGCUGUUUGCUGUGUUGACUUUGUUGUUUAAAAUGCAUUGCGUGAGCACAUUCACCAUGUACUGAAGUGUGUGUUUGUGUGUACGGGGUGGGGAUGGGGGAAAAUCUUUUUAUGGAAAAAGAAGUUAUGAACAUAAACUAUGAAGCAACAUCUAAUGAAAAGUUUCUUUUUAAGUGCAAUAUAUUUAUUUCUGCUAGAAAAAUAAUAUCAACAUUAUGUAAUAUUUGAAGCAUUAAAUGUUAUUUGUAAACAGCUUAAAAUUAUAUAUAUAUAUCACAAAACCUGUACAGAAGUGCAAAUGUGUGGAUAUUCAGUUUCUUUCAUUAAAAUAUUGGGUGUUUUGAUAUAUCAUUCUUAUUAAGCCAAAA